AAUUGUGGACAGAAAAGGGGAAGGAAAAAAGAAAUACACAUUCCCAAAUGGAGGCCUCUUGUCACUUUUGUCCCACCAAAGCACACAAUUUCUGCUCCUCUCUCUUCUCACCGAAACCCAAAUUUUCUUCAAUCCCAUCCCAACCAAUUCACCCCCAACAGUUGAGUUUCUCGCGGCACGAUUCGGGGCGGGGGCGGUCGAAUCGGGGGUCACUCGCAGCGGCGAUAGGCUGUGCGAAAGGGGGCGGCCCGGCGACGCAGGUGGAGAGAGAAUUGGAGGAGGAGAUGAAGAGUAUUUCGGGGGAAUUAGAUGGAAUUGGGGGGAGGUGGAGAGAGAAGUGUGAGGGAGGAGGAGGAGGAGGGGGAAUAGGGGAGCUAAUGGAGUGUUUGGAAAGGGAAGCUAUUGCGGGAGAGGACGAAGGGAGAGAGCCCAAUGAUUAUAACAGGAGGGCCAUCAUCUUUGACAAGAGCGCCAGAGUUUUUCAGGCUUUGAAGGAAAAAGAUGCCCAGAAAUCUUGAUUUUCUUGGAAGAUCAGAAAAUCAAAAACAAUACUACCAUACUACUGUGUUUAUUGUUGCAGCUAGCUGGUGUUCGAUUUUGUUCUAGUGAUCUGUAGUAAGUAGAUUUGAUUUUGUACCCUAAUCAAGUGAUCAUUUUCUGUGGUUUCUUGUUGAAAUAAAUACUUUAGUUCACAAUA